UUGAUGCGAAUGUAGGGACAAUAAAAAUGGAUGAAUGUAGGAUGACUGAAUACAGAUGCUGGGCGCACACUGCUUGGGCCAAAGGCCUGUGCCCGUGCUCCAUGUCUGUACAUCAUCUCCUGCCAUCCUCCAAACUGCUGGGACAGUUAAUGAAACGCAGAAAAUAAAAUUAACGUCCAUAACAUUUUAUUAAAAGUGCUUUGAGUGUGUUGAUAAAUGAACCCACGCAGUAAACUGGAAAAAGGACAGAUCCGAACAAAUUAUCUAAAAGAGGGCAAACUGCAUAAUUAAACAAUUAAACUGUGCCGGGCGACAGAUUUUUAUCUGAAUGUGCAGUAAAAUUAAAUUAGUUAAAAAAUUCCAAAUAAUGGUACAGCGAUAUAUAAUACUUCUGGCAGAUGGGGUUUCUUUAAAAAAAAAUUAAGUUUCCGGAGAUUGGUUGAAAGAUGGGCGACACAGUGCUGCCUUACAGCUCCAGAGACCCGGGUUCGAUACUGACUACUGGUGCUGUGUGCGUGGAGCGUUUACGUUCUCUCUGUGACCGCGUGGGGUUUCUCCCAGUGCCACGCUCCAGAGACUUACAGGUGUGUCGGUUAAUUGGCUUAUGUAAGAUAUCCUCGUGUGUAGGAUAGAACUAAUGUUCGGAUGAUCGCUGGUCGGCGCGGACUCGGUGGGCCGAAGGGCCUGUUUCCACGCUGUAUCUCUAAACUAAACUCAACUCAACUAAAAGUACAACCAAACUAACAGUGGCUUCGCCGAUUCAGUAGAACUCUUUGUUUUGAAGGGUCUCGACCCGAAACGUCACCCAUUCCUUCUCUCCAGAGGUGUUGCCUGUCCCGCUGAGUUACUCCAUCAUGUUGUUUCUAUUUCUUUGUUUUGCGUGGUAUGUGGUGGGUUAAACAGCUCUGGCUGUAUCAAUGAGUGAACAGUGAAGGAUGGGUACAGUCUCCAAGAGAUCAGACUUGUUCACGAACAUCUUUCUAUGGCGUUUAGUCACUAAGAAUUGCACUGGUCUUGACUCACACAAGAGUAAUGAAGCGUGUAGCAAUGAUGAGCAAUAUUCAUCUGAUUUUGUGUGUAGGCUUUUGGAAGAAUGAUUUGUGACUUGAUACUGCCACGCCAUCGUUAGCUUGUCACAGGUUGAGGUAUUUCUGCAUGAAGUCACUGUUCCUUUAUUAACCAAUGGCCAUAAUUGUAUUACAACCGAAAAAGAGAUGCGCGCACGAUUCAUAGAAAUCAAACUCUGGGUCUAAAUCGUGACAUCAACACAGCUGCCGUUUUAUUUAAUGAAAAGUUCGUUUUUCGGAUGCUUGAUUUCAUUUGUCGAGAAAUUCAAAUUGGAUGUUCAGGAGGUUUUUGAAGGGAAGACCACGCCUCGUCGGCAAAAAAGACAAAUAUCACAUCUCUCCAAACACCCCCCAGCAAAUCAGAGAGCUCGUAGGAUUAGAGAGAUCAGUGGCUCAUACAAAAUAGCCUCUGGACCGCUAAGCGUUGACAUAAAUGUGUCUUCGGAUGAAAGGCGAGCUCUCGCAUGGCUUGGUUCACUCUCGCAAGUACAGAUGUGGGCGACUGUGGAGUGAGAGAGUCCUCGCAGAUCACAGCCUCUUGUCUGCUUCCCCGGGAGAAGGAUGCCCUUUAAGAAAUGAGUGCCAACCAGGAGGAGCAUGUGAUCCUGUGUCAGAAAGCUAUCGGACUGGUCAAUGAACUGUGUAACAAGAACAUUCUGGAGGAUGAAAAGUGCUUGGAGUUUGUGUUUACUUCCUCGGGUCAGAGUCCCAGUGUGACCGAGUCAGAUAUCUCGGUCAGCUUGCUCGCUGUGAUACUUAUAUUUUGUGGCCUGGCCCUGGUGGCAGUCUUUCUCUUUGUGUUCUGGAAACUCUGCUGGGUGCCCUGGAAGAACAAGGUUCUCUCUAACACGUCCGUUCCCCGGGAUACGGUCAACGCCACUGCUACUGACCAUUACAAAGAGAUGACGGACAAACCCAAGGAGUCCCCGUCCAUGAGCUUCCUGGAAGCAGCCAUGAAGAUCAGCCACACGUCUCCCGACAUUCCCGCCGAUGUCCAGAUGUCAAUGAAGGAUCACAUUCUGCGUCACACGAGAAUACAGAGACAGACAACUGAGCCAGCCUCAUCUUCCAGGCACAGCUCUUUUAAACGACACUUACCGCGGCAGAUGCAUGUGUCGAGUGUUGAUUUCAGCACCGACUGCUUGCCCUACAAGGAACAAGUCACAAGCAUUGGACGGAUCAAACCUGAGCUCUACAAGCAGAAGUCCAUGGACUCUGAAGACACAAAGAAGGAAGCUGGGAAAAGCUGCGGGAAAAUCAACUUCACACUAAAAUACGACUAUGAGAAUGAAAUGCUGAUUGUCACAAUCCUCAAGGGUUUUGAUUUGCCUGCAAAGGACUUUUGCGGAAGCUCGGACCCCUAUGUAAAAAUCUAUCUUCUCCCCGAUCGGAAAAGGAAGUUUCAGACGCGCGUGCACAGGAAAACACUCAAUCCUACCUUCGAUGAAAGUUUCCAAUUUCCUGUGUCGUAUGACGAACUCAACAACAGGAAACUACACUUGACUGUGUAUGACUUUGAUAGGUUUUCUAGACAUGACAUGAUUGGGGAAGUGAUUUUAGAGAACCUGUUUGAAGCGUCAGAUCUCUCCAGGGAAACCUCCAUCUGGAAGGACAUUCAGUACGCCACAACCGAAAGUGUGGACCUGGGCGAAAUCAUGUUCUCUCUCUGCUACUUGCCCACUGCUGGCCGUCUGACACUGACCGUCAUCAAAUGCAGGAAUCUCAAAGCUAUGGACAUUACUGGAUACUCUGAUCCAUACGUUAAAGUUUCUUUGCUAUGUGAAGGACGACGACUAAAAAAGAAGAAAACAACCAUAAAGAAAAACACGUUAAAUCCAACUUACAAUGAGGCAAUUAUCUUCGACAUACCUCCUGAGAACAUGGACCAGGUCAGCUUGCUGAUCUCAGUCAUGGACUAUGACCGCGUUGGACAUAAUGAGAUCAUUGGAGUUUGUCGUGUGGGCAUCAACGCUGAAGGCCUGGGGAGGGACCACUGGAAUGAGAUGUUGGCUUACCCACGCAAACCAAUUGCCCAUUGGCACCCACUGGUGGAGUGGCAAGGCCGUACUGCCAGCUUUGACAGCCAAAGCUCUUGUCCAUCUCCUAAACCUCCGUCGACACCGUGAAUUCCAGGGCAGGGAGAUUCUGUGGAUCCUUUGGUGUUCUGAACAUAAUGUAAUGUUAGUAGUUCAGUCUCUUUCCUCACAGGGAAACUGCAUUGUACUCAGCAAAAUGACACUAGUUUCAUGGAAAUAAAUUGCCCCUACUUGGAUAGCAGGCAAUUCCAAAAUUUGGGGGGCUUUCAGAAGUUGUGUAUGGAGGACACAAGGUUAUCAUAGUGGUGUAAAUAAGGCAGAGGCUCAAGGGACACUGUGUUCUAAGCCAGAGAGAGAAAUUUGAACCAAAUGGUUGCAAAUGGAAAUUAAGCUCAUCUGUAUCAGCAACCAAAACUAAUUCACAAAUAAGAGUUAACUGCUGGCCUGAUGAUGCUGGCCUGUGUCAAAACUUGCAUUAAUGUUUUUUUUCUUGUUCUGCAUCCAUUGCAGUCUCUCAGUUCUAAAAGAGACCAAGCUAAAGGCUUAUCACGAGAUCAAAACUCAAAAAUAGUUCAGCAACCUCAGGCUAUCAAAAUAUUGGUCAUGCCAUUUAAGUUUUAUUGUUUUUGCUUUCUGGAAAAGAAAUCAGGAUUUAAGUAAUCACUGCACCUUAAGCAAAGACAUGCUUGAAAGGUGAUCUCCAUGCAAAAUGAAAGAAAGCAGAAAAUACUCACUUUACUGGUAUUGAUGAAGAAUUGGCCACCAUUGAAUAAGACUUGUCUGCAUGGCCUGAAAUUUGACACCGGGUAAUUGAAGGAUUUGUAUGGUCCUCUUCAUCUUUGCCUCCCCCUGUCUCUAAAUAAGGUGGAAAGCCCUGCUGUGCAUCAUUCAAUGGCAUGAGACUGGUCAAUAAGGAGGAAUGUGUAGGAUGGAACUGCAGAUACUGGUUCAAACUGAAGAUAGACACACAAAGCUGGAGUAACUCAGCAGGACAGGCAGCAUCUCUGGAGAGAAGGAAUGGGUGACAUUUCGGGUCGAGACCUUUCUUCAGACUGAAACGUCACCCAUUCCUUCUCUCCAGAGAUGUUGCCUGCCCCACGGAGUUACUCCAGCAUUUUGUGUCUGUCUUCAAUGAGGAGGAAUGCCUGGUAGCAUUGACCGAGAUCAUGCCUUGAAACAGCUGAGUUUUAAGUCUUGUGGAUAACCUGCCACCGGAAAACAGCAUCAAUGGGAAGUGUAAAGAGCAGGAGGAGGGGUAUUGGUUUUGCAUUUGUGUGCACUAUUACGGUCUGAUCAACCUAACUGUAUUAAAAGUAUUUUCCUUGUACUAAUUAAGUACAACCAGCAUUUGUAAAACCAGCUUAAACAUGGUGAAGCUUCUUAUAUUUGCCCGAGAAUUCAUUGGUGUAAAUUGGAUCCUAUUACAUGCAGUAAGAUGCAGUAAAUUAGAAUAGAAACCUAAUCCUAAAAUUGGCACUUUAUACAAAUUAUUGGCAACCAUGAAUGAAGGCUUCUUGCCUAUGGUGUACACAGCCUAAAGUUGUAGGUCAACUUGAUCUAUUUGAUCUCAUUGUUGUGCAGGUUGGGUUGAUUGCAUUAGUCGAAACAGGGUGGACCAGGUGAAGGUUGCAAUCUCCCAGCCCAUGAAUGAAGUGUAUUGUGAUGUUUAAUUGGGUUUUAAUCUUUGGGCCUCGUCAUCUUGAAUUAAUUAAUGAGCCUUCAGUGAGUCUACACAUUGUUACCACAUUGAUUCAUAGAGUGGAAACAAGCCCUUUGGCCCAUGCCGACCAUUGAGUUUGCACUAGUUCUAUGUUGUCCCAUUUUCACAUUCACUCCCUACACACUAGGGAAAAUUUAUAGAGGCCAAUUAACCCACUAACCUGCACAUCUUCGGGAUGUGCGAGGAAGCUGGAACACCUGGAGGAAACCCAUGUGGUCACAGGGAGAACAUGCAAACUCCACACAGACAUGUUGCAAGUUUGUCUCAGUUCAUACAUUUGGCAAGCAAUUGCAGCUGUGCCCAGAGUCGUAAACGUAAGGUUAACUCAACUCUUUUUACUCAGAGGCCAAUGGAAUGGACCGAAUGCAAAUGUCUGCGUUAUAAUCAGAGAGUCACAUCGCAUGGAAUUGUUACGCACUUAAGUACUGAUCAGUGAUAUAAAAUGCGGGGUUCACCAGAGUGAGCACAUAUUUCACAAAGCUCAUUAUUUUUAUGUGCUAAGUAAAAUAAUUUAGUCUAAAGCUAGUUUAUCAAAAUUUGAGUGCCGAUCGUAUGGUUUUAAAGAUUUGUUCAUAGUUCUCUGUGUACACGAUGGGGCUCGAGAGCAGAGUUAGCGACAUGGAAUGGUGUCAUUUGACUGACCUGUGCUUCCCUGGUCUCUGAGAGGAACAGGUCACUCUAACUGAAGAGAUGAGGCUUGACUCCAAAAGGGACAAGUCUCAGCUGAACUACAGUCGGAGAAUCGGAAGCAUCAAACUUCUGUCAGCGAGGUUCUCUUAAGGAAUUUAGUUUGAAGAUUAGCCUUGUCUCCACUCCCUCUUUCUGUGUCAUUUCUGCCCUCACUCCCUUCUCCAUCCAAACUAUUUGCCCUGCCCCUCCCUGCCAUCCAUUCCCCGGUGACUUCCCUUGGCCUUUGAUCAUUUUUGCAAGUGUAAAAUGCAAUCUGUCACGUACAAUGCUUCAGGCCUUGCUGCUGUGGGGCAUUGCAGUAAACCAGUUCAGGUCCCCUUUCACAAUAUUGCUUCAAUGUUCAUUUGUGACCAUUGAAGAGUUUCUAGGUCAGUAUAGUCUAUUCUCUGUCAAAAAAUAAAUCCCUCUCCUUGAUAAACAAUGGCCAUGUUCAAAAUAUGUUUAAAGUAAAUAAUUAAACAGCUUUUCAUCUUUACCUUUCAAAGCCUAAUCAUAUUGACAACUAAUCCAUCUGAAACAAAUACUAGGCAUAAAUAUUGAUUCCAGACUUGCACACAUGUUCAUUGUUAAAUUUCCAUGAGUACAAAGAUUUUAAACAAGCUGCGUGGUUUGAUUAUGUCUUCCACUAAUUCAUUCAUGUUCUAAUUGUUGAAGUAAA